AUGAACUGGAUGUGCGCCCUGCACCCAGAGCUUUUCGAGAGCCUGCUGUCUGGGGAUUUGACAGCCCACGCGGAAUCCAUUGCCGUGGGCCUCUCGCGGCACUUGGCGUGCGAAGUGUCGGCGCUGCGUUUGGCGGCGGCGGAGCUGGCGGAGGACUUCGCCGCCUUCUUCGAAGGCGCCGUCGAGGGCUGGAUGCGGAAGGCGCACUUGGCCCAAUGGCUGGUGGAAGCAUGCCGGCGAGGGGAGGACCUCGGGGCCCGGGCCGCGGCCUGCCGCGCGCUGGGGCGCCUGGACGAGCCAAGGCUGCAGACCGCGGCAGCCGACGCGCUGAUGGAUGCCUGCAGCUUCGCCCUGUCGGUCACUGCACCAGUGGGGGAGAAGCGCCAGGUGCUCCAGAUGGCCGCGGAGAGUCUGAGCCGCUGCCCCGGCUCUGGCGCGUUUGCGCCGCAGCAGUUGGUGGCAAUCCUGCGCGCUGCAGUUGACACUGAAGGCGACCUCUUGGAAGACUGCCUGGAGCCAGUCUACUUCUGCGUGACGCAUCGACCCAUGGACAGCGAGAUGUCGAUCUCCUGCCUGGCAGAGCUCUUGGAUGCGACCACUGCGCUGGCACGCCAGGAUUUGAUGCAAGACUUCAUGUCCGAAACUCUUGGCCAGAUCAUGGUGAUGCUGUCCGACAUUGUAUGGUCCCGCGCACGCUCCCUUUGUGCCGAGUCGCGCCAUGACGGCAGGCUCCAGGGCCUGCCGGAGCUGGAUCUGUUGAUCCGCGCCGCGGAGCUGCUGGGCCGGGGCAGCUUGCGGAAAGCGGAGCUGGUGCGUGCUCUGGCCGCGGCGCUGUGGCCCGCGUUGGAGCUGGGGGCAAGCUUCUCUGAAGAACAGGCGGCGGCCUUCAUUAAGUGUUGCCUCCAGCUGGAUUACUUAGUGCCGAAGCUCAUGGACAACGAGGUGCUUCUGGCAGAAGAUGGGCCUGAAGGAGCAGCCGAGGAGCUUGCAGCAGGUCAGCUGAUGGCAGUGCUGCUCAUUCCAUUCCUCAGCGUGGAUGCUGUCUCCUUGCAACCCCUCGUGCCUCCGAGUGAGCUGCAGCGCCUGUGCUCGGCGCUGCUGCGGUCGGAAGAUGCCUGGCUGGCGCGGGCCGCCGCCGCCGCGGCCGCGGAGACGGACUUGGAGGAGGCUGAGCUGGAUCGGCUGGCCAUGGGCCUUCCACCGCUGCCCCUGAGAGCAGUGGUUUUGCUGACCUGCGCAGUUGGCCGUUGCGCCCAGAAGGCCGCAGGCUUCGUCUGCGGUUUCGCCGGCGAAAAGCUGGCCUUGGCCUGGGGGCCGCUGCUGGCGGAGACGCGGCGCAGCAUGGCUGAGCCCAACGCGCAGGAGGAAUGGCGGCUGCUGAAGAACCUUCUGCCCAACGGCCGCAAUCAGCUGAUCACAGCCUUGGGCUGGUUGCUCGCCUCAGCGGAGGAGGCGGAGGAUGCCAAGGACAUUCUCCUGAGAGCCAUUGAGCUGGAAUGCGCCUCUCCAGAGAUGGAGGACUGGCGCUGGCUGAGCAACUGCCUGCCCUCGCCCCUGUGGAUGGCGCAACGCCUGGAGGACGGGUUCUCCUGGGCCACGCCUUAG